AUGCACUUAAUUCCACGCGAAAUCGACAAGCUCGUUAUCUCGCAGCUGGGAUUGCUGGCCCAGCGUCGACUUGCACGAGGAGUCAGGCUGAACCAUUCUGAAGCGUGUGCUCUUAUUGCCAACAAUCUCCAAGAACUCAUUCGCGAUGGCAACCACAAUGUCGCGGAUCUCAUGUCGAUCGGCACGACGAUGCUGGGGCGGCGACACGUGCUGCCUGCCGUUGUGUCGACCUUGAAGCAGAUCCAGGUCGAAGGCACCUUUCCCCAGGGAACCUACCUCGUUACCGUCCAGGCCCCAAUUAGCAGCGAUGAUGGAGAUUUGAACAAGGCGCUAUACGGGAGUUUCCUCCCAAUCCCCGACGCGGACCUAUUCAAAGUACCAGACGAUGAGGAGUGCACGGCUGAGAAGAUGCCUGGCGCAGUCAUCGCUGUCAAAGGAAAGAUCGCGAUCAAUAAAGGGCGGAAGAGAAUCCAGCUCAAGGUCACAAACUAUGGUGAUCGACCAGUACAGGUCGGAUCCCACUACCACUUUAUCGAGACGAACCCCCAUCUCGAAUUCGAUCGCAUAAGAUCCUAUGGAUAUCGACUGGAUAUAGCCGCAGGAACAUCUAUCCGUUUCGAGGCAGGCGACGAGAAGACGGUAACUCUAGUGGAGAUUGCCGGACGCAAAAUCGUACGCGGCGGCAAUAACAUCGCUUCGGGGGUCUUCGACUUGUCUCGCACAGAUGAGAUUUUGAAGAAUAUUGAAGCGGGCAACUUUCGAAACAUUCUCGAGCCCGCAGGCGACGCGGAUCACAUCAAGCCCUUCGAGCUUGAUAGAUCUGUAUAUGCAUGCAUGUUUGGUCCCACGGUGGGCGACAAGAUCAGACUCGGCGACACCGACUUGUGGAUAAAGGUAGAGAAAGACCUGACAUCAUAUGGCGACGAAUGCAAGUUCGGCGGCGGCAAAACUCUGCGAGAUGGUAUGGGCCAAGCCACUGGCGAGUCUGAUGGGGAUUCAUUGGAUCUUGUCAUCAUCAACGCCCUUAUUGUUGAUUGGAGUGGUAUUUAUAAAGCAGAUAUCGGCAUCAAGAACGGAUUCAUCUCCGGCAUUGGGAAGGCAGGCAGUCCCGAUGUGAUGAAAGGGCUCACGGAGGGAAUGAUUGUCGGUUCCUGCACGGAUGUUAUGGCCGGCGAAGGGAUGAUUGUCACAGCCGGAGGAAUUGAUACCCAUAUUCACUAUAUCUGCCCUCAGCAGGCUUCUGAGUGCAUGGCAACUGGAGUCACCACGCUUCUCGGAGGCGGCACCGGGCCAACAGCUGCCACGACCGCGACGACUUGCACGCCGGGCAAGAACAACAUGCGGGAUAUGUUGCAGGCUUUGGAUGCGAUGCCCCUGAACUACGGUAUCACUGGUAAAGGUAAUGACAGCGAUCCAAAGGCUCUUCGUGAGCAAGUCGAAGCAGGAGCUUGUGGUCUUAAGCUCCACGAAGAUUGGGGUUGCACCCCGGCUGCGAUUGACUCUUGUCUUACCGUGUGCGACGAGUACGACGUCCAGUGUUUGAUCCAUACCGAUACCCUUAACGAGUCUGGCUUUGUGGAGUCUACCAUUGCUGCAUUCAAAGAUCGCGCUAUUCACACUUACCACACCGAAGGAGCAGGUGGCGGACACGCCCCCGAUAUCAUCAGUAUAGUUGAGUAUGACAACGUCCUUCCAAGUUCUACGAACCCAACGAGGCCAUUCACGAGGAACACCUUGGAUGAGCAUCUGGACAUGGUUAUGGUUUGCCAUCAUCUUAGCAAGAAUAUUCCGGAAGAUAUUGCGUUUGCAGAGUCGCGAAUUCGCGCUGAGACAAUUGCAGCUGAGGAUGUGUUACACGACAUGGGAGCUAUCAGUAUGAUGUCCUCAGACUCGCAGGCGAUGGGCCGCUGCGGAGAGGUCGUUCUCCGAACCUGGAACACGGCUCAUAAGAACAAGGUGCAGCGCGGAUUUUUGAAGGAGGAUGAGGGAACAGACGCGGAUAACUUUAGAGUAAAGAGAUAUGUCAGCAAGUAUACGAUUAACCCAGCCCUUGCCCAAGGGAUGAGCCACCUCCUUGGUAGCGUCGAGGUGGGCAAGUUAGCAGAUCUUGUGAUCUGGGACCCAGCGUGGUUUGGCACGAAGCCAACAAUGGUCGUCAAGAGCGGUCUAAUCAGUUAUUCCAUGAUGGGCGACCCCAACGCGUCCAUCUCGACCGUGCAGCCCGUUAUCGGGCGCCCCAUGUUCGCGCCCCACGUUCCUUCCACAUCUGUGCUCUUUGUUUCGCAGGCGUCGAUUGACUGCGGUAACAUUGAGUCGUAUGGCUUGAAGAAGCGCGUGGAGGCUGUGAAGGGGUGCAGGACGGUCAGGAAGAAGGAUAUGAAGCAUAAUUCUGAGAUGCCGAAGAUUCAUGUUGAUCCGGAGAAUUAUAGGGUCGAGGCGGAUGGCGUGCAUUGCACGGCUGAGUCUUCGACAGAGUUGCCGCUGACGCAGGCGGUGUUCGUAUUUUAA